AAGGAUAUCCAGACUCACUUAAAUGCUCUACUCCCACAUUAACGACUAAAUAUCGAUCUGGCAACCGAAAAUACAGGUAUACCUAAAAAAGCAAAUUAAGACUUCCCGUCGUCGGUUAUUUACCUUCCACCGGGUGUGUACACUCAGGACAGCCGGCAGUAUAUCUCCGUGUUAUCUCCUUCGCAGUUCAUGACGAAAGGGACCAGUCAAGUGCAGCGUUCUCGCUGUCACUCAGUACCAUCGUCACCCAGUUUAACUGUAUGCUCAUAUUAGACUAUUUUACAAAUUAAUUACGCUUAUUUCACUCGACUUUGCUUAAAAAGAACCUGGUUUAAAGCAAUAAAGUGUAAUGUUACCGUAUACGGUCGUGUGAUGAUUUUCGUGUGAUGUGCUGCGGACUCAUAUUGCGACAAAGUCGUAUAGUGUAAAUCAAUUACGGUACUUCGUUGAAAACGAAUGCCUUUCAUUCAUACGCUGUGAUAUAUUUUGAAAGUGCCUGAAUAUUCUUUUAAUUAAAGCCAGGUAGCUAAACAAUUCCAUAAAAUUUGCUAACAAUCUGGUAUUUAUUCAGAAAAUUUGAACUUACAUUUUGAUAAAAGUGUUUUGACUCUCUACAUUCUUUGAACGGUCGACAUUUCUAACCUAAAAAUAUUUGUCAUUAGGAAAAUGCAGUCGAAACUGUAAACAGACAUGCACUACCCAUCAAGUGUUCCCGUAAAUCUUAGACUAUUAGUGUACCCGAAAAAUAGCAAAACGGCUACACCGUAUCGGAAAAUAAGAUUUUUCGACCGGAAAUCCACGGAUCCUUUUCCAGCGUUAAGCGUGUUGCCUACCGACAUGGUGUCUUCCGAAAAGAGGUUAAAUUCGUGACGAUUAUGAAACUCUCGUUUGAUGUAAAAUAUCUUCACCUUAGAGAACCGUCCGGGUCCUGGGGAUGAAUCGGAACACUUUAUAUAGCCGCUACUUGCUUCUCGUAGUUUUCUCGCUGGUAGGUUUCCUUGUGUACUUGGACGCCAUCUCCUACAUUAAUCAAUUACUACGCCCUUAUUAUGGGCCCCGUUUGUUUUGCUACACUCUGCCGCAAGUCGACUCGAACACUCUGGAGAUCUCCGAGUACAAGGUGCAGCCGAACAGUAUUUUUUUCAUCGAAACUUCAUGCAGACACGGAUCACGGAUGGGUCUGACACCCAGGCAGGCUUGUGCCUAUGAGUCCGCGGCUAAAGCGCACCCAUAUUCAGAAAUACUGGUCCUUAUCCCGUCACAGAUUUCGUGGAAUGAGGUCCCACGUUGGGUCGCGGAACUCACCAAGAACCGGAACCUGCGAUUGUUGCGCGUCAAUGUUUCCAAGUACCUCGAGAAGACUCCUCUCCAAAACUUUGACUUCCUCUCGAAACUGGACGAAAGCUACUAUCCCGAGGCUCAUGCUGCCGAUGUCAUACGUCUAGUCACGCUGUGGAAAUAUGGCGGAACAUAUCUGGAUUCGGAUUUUAUCAUAUUCAAACCGGUAAAUGAUGUUCAGAAUUUUGUAGCUGCCCAAGCUGUGCUGGCUAAUGAUUCGAUCGCAAAUGGUAUUCUGAACUUCAAUGAUCACGGAAAACCUAUCCUCGAGGCAUUACUAAAAGAUCUGCAACCUAAUUUUCCGGGGGAAAAUUGGGGUGGAAACGGGCCUAUUCUCAUGACCAAAGUCAUCAGUAAAAUAUGCAACGAAUCCGAUACUAGGAACAUGACUCGAGAGAAGUGCGGGGGGCUCACUGUGUACCCGCCCCCUCCGAACUCUCCGUUCCUGACCGUGUUCUGGCGGGACUGGGAGCAACUCUUCAACGUGGACGCAGAGCAUGUUCCAGAGCUGAUGGCGAGAAUCGGCAAGGGACUCGCUUUGCACGGCUACAAUCACAUGAGCUCAGAUACACCCGCUAGUCAAAACUCGCCCUACAGCAUUUUUGCCUCCAAAUACUGCCCAGACGUUUAUUCAACCGUCGGAGGUCAUUUUUGAUCCACCAUGACAAAAUUAGUAGUAUUAGGUACUCAUACCCUAAGUAUUACAUCUCAUGUUUAUUAUUAUCGUUUUUUAUUUUGAAAACAUACAGAUCAGCUUGAAAUAAAAGAAUAAAAACAAAAUGGGAUCCGGCAAA